AUGGGCCUUGAACAGCCAAUCGGCUUUGAGGAGGCGGGGGCAAGGUACACGAUUGAUGUGUACCCAACCAAUCAAGCUUCAAGACCUGCAGGGAAGGUGGCAGGAGUCAAAAACAACACUUGGCACCAUGUGGGGGCGGGGCAUCUGCUGCACAUCAUCUCCUUCCUGACGCUGCCCGACCUGCUGAGCCUGGACCCGACGUGCCGCUGCCUCCCCUCCGCACUCCUCUCCCCCGCCAACGCCAAGGGGCCGUACCUGCAGAGCCUGGGCCGCGGCUGGCAGCGAGCACUGAUGGCCUCCAUCCUGUCUCCCCCCUCUCAUGGCUACCACAAGCUGGCGCUUGCCCAGCAGCACCUCUUCCUCCUGGGUUACAGCAGGACCCACCUCUUGCUCCGUGACUCUGGCCGUCACGCCUGCUCCUGCCAGGCCCUCUCCCACGGCGUCAGGGAUGUAUGCCGACCCCUCACUCCCCCUUCCCCCCCUGCCACCGCCAUGCUGGGUGGCCGUCCCCUCCUCCCCACAGUGACAGUGGAUCCCCGUGGGGAGCCCCCCCACGCCUGCAUGCUGACGGAGCAGAAGCAGAGCGACACCCUGGAGGUGUUCGACCCAGCCGACGUCCAGCACAUCUUCUGCAUCAGCUUCCCCUCCUCCAUCCACGUCAGACAGGCGGUCGUCACCAGCACGGAGACCCCCAUGUACUUCUUCCUCCUCAACCUCUCCCUCCUUGACCUGGGCUCCAUCUCCACCACUCUUCCCAAAGCCAUGGCCAAUUCCCUCUGGGACACCAGGGACAUUUCCUAUGGAGGAUGUGCUGCACAGCUCUUGUUCUUCGUCUUCUUUCUUGCAGCAGAGUUCUGUCUUCUCACCAUUAUGGCCUAUGACCGCUACGUGGCCAUCUGCAAACCCCUGCACUACGGGUCCCUCCUGGGCAGCAGAGCUUGUGUCCACAUGGCAGCAGCUGCCUGGGGCAGUGGGUUUCUCUAUGCUCUCCUGCACACGGCCAAUACAUUUUCCCUACCCCUCUGCCAGGGCAAUGCCCUGGACCAGUUCUUCUGUGAAAUCCCCCAGAUCCUCAAGCUCUCCUGCUCACACUCCUACCUCAGGGAAGUUGGGCUUCUUGUGGUCAGUGCCUGUUUAACCUUCGGGUGCUUUGUUUUCAUCGUGCUGUCCUAUGUGCAGAUCUUCAGGGCCGUGCUGAGGAUCCCCUCUGAGCAGGGACGGCACAAAGCCUUUUCCACGUGCCUCCCUCACCUGGCCGUGGUCUCCCUGUUUGUCAGCACUGCCGCAUUUGCCUACCUGAAGCCCCCCUCCAUCUCCUCCCCAGUUCUCGACCUGGUGGUGGCUGUGCUGUACUCAUUGUUGCCUCCAGCAGUGAACCCCCUCAUCUACAGCAUGAGGAACCGGGAGCUCAAGGAGGCCAUUAGGUAUCUGAUUUCAUGGAUU